AGGCCACUGAGAGCCUCCAACGAACCGAAAAGAAGAAAUGAAGCGCGAUCUCUUGGUUCUCGUCCUGGCCCUCGCGUCGGCGGCGGCCCCUGCGGCCGUCCUCUUCACCACCGCCGCCGCACCCAACACCGCCAUCUCGGAGCUCGAAGGGGCGGCGGCGACUGCAGUGGCGGCGGAUAAGACCAUCAGAGUCCGGCGGACGUGGCCGUGUUGCGACCGAUGCGGCGGCUGCUCCAUCAAUUCCGAUCUGCCGGAGUGCCAGUGCCACGACCUGGUGCGGCGGUGCCACGCCUCGUGCCGGAGCUGCGUCCGGUCGCCGCUCAGCGUGGAGCCUCCUCUGUUUCAGUGCACCGACCGCAUCCCCGGCUACUGCCGCCGCCCGUGCAACUCCGACCACGCCCUCCAAAUCCUUUAGUCUAAGUCCUGUAGCGGCGAUCAAUCUUUCAAAAGAAAAACUGCAAUUUUUGUAAAUUUUAAGACCUCAGUCCUCAAGAACGGAGCAAAUAUCAUUUCAUGUCAUUGGAGUUUCAUCCUUUUUAGAAAACAAUGCUCUUAUAUAUAUAAAAUUACAAAAAUAAGCCUAAAGAAUAAGAAUAUUCUCAUAGGCUAUUUUGAAA